UUGGGGAUUUCAUAUAUUUUGUGAGAAUGAAGUCAAUGAAGAUGGGGAACAAGAGGUUGGCUACUCUGGUUGGAUGCAACUAUCCCAACACCCCAAACGAGUUGCAUGGAUGCAUAAACGACGUGCAUGCCAUGCGAGAUGCGCUUGUGAACCGUUUCGGGUUUGACCCGAGCGACAUCGUGCUACUGACCGAUGCACCCAGUUCAUUAGUCAUGCCCACGGGUGCUAACAUCAGGAGUGCUCUUAACCGGAUGAUCGAUCAAGCCGAGGCCGGGGACGUUCUGUUCUUCCAUUACAGCGGGCACGGGACACGGAUUCCAUCGGCGAGGCCCGGCCAUGGAUUCAGGCAUGAUGAAGCCAUUGUUCCCUGUGACUUCAAUCUCAUCACUGAUGUCGAUUUCCGACACCUUGUGAAUCGCUUGCCGAAGGGAGCAAGCUUCACCAUCAUCUCAGACUCCUGCCACAGCGGCGGCCUCAUCGACAAGGAGAAAGAGCAAAUCGGGCCUUCUGUUGCCAGCGGCGCACCGCCAGCCCACCGCCCCAAGAUCAUCCCUUUGGAUUCAAUCCUGCAACACCUGACUUCACUCACCGGCAUCAACUCACUAGACAUUGGGACCCACCUGUGCCAAGUCUUCGGUGGCGAUGCAAGUAUCAAGUUCCGCUUGCAAAAGCUUCAGAGCAGUCUGGUAGGGUCUUUGCACCCAGAUGCAGGCAUUCUUCUUAGCGGCUGCCAGGCGAACGAGACAUCUGCGGACAUGAAUCCGACUGACGACGGAGACAAGGCGUAUGGAGCAUUUAGUAACGCUGUUCAGAUGGUGCUGAAGGAGCACGAGACCAAACUUAGUAACAGAGAACUGGUGACCAUGGCGAGAGCUGUUUUGAGGGAACAAGACUUCAAGCAGCACCCUUGCCUGUACUGCAAUGAUGAGAAUGCGGAUGCACCCUUUUUGUGGCAACCAGAGCACUCAAAGCCACAAGAACCACAACUCACAAGCAUGUUGUAGUAUUGUGAUUUGAAACGUCAAAGUGCUUAAGUGUGAUUGUUUUGCUGUAAAAUAAAAUCCAAUAAAAGGAUGCUCUUCUGUCUUGGCAACCAAAUUGUAUUGAAGUCAAUUUAAUCA